AUGCAGAUGCUGACAAAGUUUGAGUCAAAAUCUUCCCGGGCAAAGGGUGUUGCCUUUCAUCCAAAAAGACCUUGGAUUCUCGUUUCUCUUCACUCAUCCACAAUUCAACUAUGGGAUUACAGAAUGGGUACCCUCAUUGAUCGUUUUGAAGGUCAUGAUGGCCCUGUUAGAGGCAUUGACUUCCAUAAGACUCAACCUCUUUUCGUUUCUUGUGGUGACGACUACACUGUCAAGGUUUGGUCUCUUCAAACACGCAAACUUUUGUUUACUCUUAACGGCCAUCUUGAUUAUGUUCGCACUGUAUUCUUUCAUAACGAUCUUCCUUGGAUCAUUUCGGCAUCUGAUGAUCAAACUAUUCGUAUUUGGAACUGGCAAAACCGUCAAGAAAUUGCUUGUUUGACUGGACACAAUCACUAUGUUCUUUGUGCUCAAUUCCACCCCAGUGAAGAUCUUAUUGUGUCUGCCUCCCUUGAUCAAACAGUUCGCGUUUGGGAUAUUUCUGGUCUUCGCAAGAAGCACUCUGCUCCGACCCAGCUUGCUACGUCAUUUGAGGACCAACUUGCUCGCGCAAAUUCCAGCCAGCAAGACAUAUUUGGCAAUACUGAUGCGAUUGUGAAGUUUGUUUUGGAAGGUCAUGACCGUGGCGUGAACUGGGCUGCUUUCCAUCCUACGCUUCCUCUUAUCGUCUCAGGUGGUGACGACCGCCUUGUUAAGGUGUGGCGCAUGAGUGAAACUAAGGCAUGGCAGGUUGAUAGCUGUAUUGGCCACACUCAUAACGUUCUUUGCUGUGUUUUCCAUCCUUUCCAAGACCUCAUUAUUUCUGUCAGUGAAGAUAAGACUAUUAGAGCUUGGGAUCUCAACAAGCGAACAUUGAUUCAGCAAUUUAAGCGCGACAAUGAUAAAUUUUGGUAUAUUGCUGCCCAUUCAAGUAUUAACUUAUUUGCUGCUGCUCAUGACAGUGGUGUCAUGGUAUUCAAGCUUGAACGUGAACGUCCUGCUAGUGUUUUAAGUGAUAAUACACUUUUCUAUGUCACAAAAGACAAACUUGUGAAAUCAUUUGAUUUUACAACUGACUCUGAAUCGAAUCCUCUUGUGUCUCUUAAAAAAAUUGGCGAUCCUUGGGCUCCUUUCAGAACCAUCUCAUAUAACCCUUCUGAAAAAGUUGUCCUUGUCACAAUAAAGGCCGAUAAUGAAAACGUUUACGAGUUGCAGCAAAUUUCAGGUAAUGGACCAUCAAUUCAUUCCAAUAUUUCCGGAUCUCAGUUAAACGGCAAGGGAGACGCUGCACUUUUCAUCAAUAGACAGCGCUUUGCUGUUUUCAGCAAGUCUGCUCAAGUCAUCCGUAUUCUUGAUAUGAAUAACAACGUCACCAGAACCGUUAAGGUCGGAAGCAACCCUAUUAAGGAUAUGGUCCCCGGUGGACCAAGUCUUGGUCUUGUCCUGUUGUUAGGUGCUUCAUCCGUUACACUGUUUGACCUUCAGCAAGAAAAGGUCAUUGCUAAGGCCCCUGUCAAUGGUGUCAAAUAUACCUCUUGGUCAAAAGAUGGCAAAUACGUCGCUUUGAUUGGCAAGCAUCAAAUCACAAUCGCUAACCGUGAUCUUAAGGUUCUUGCUUCCCUCCAUGAAACCAUCCGCAUCAAGAGCGCAGUUUGGGACGACAAUGGUGUUCUUUUAUACUCCACACUUAAUCAUCUCAAGUACAGUUUACUUAACGGUGACCAUGGUAUUCUUAAGACUCUUGAGAAUACAGUAUAUCUUAUCAAGAUUAAAGAUAAUCUUGUUUACGUUCUCACCCGCAAUGGUACUAUUGAAAUCAUUGAGAUUGACCCUACUGAGUAUCGCUUCAAGCGUGCUCUUCUGAACAAAAACUUCAAUGAAGUUCUUCGUCUUAUCAAAACUUCUAACCUUGUUGGUCAGAAUAUCAUUGGUUAUCUUCAACAGAAGGGCUACUCUGAAAUUGCUCUUCAGUUUGUUCAAGACCCUCAAACAAGAUUUGGUCUUGCAAUUGAGUGUGGAAAUCUCAAUGUUGCUCUUGAGCAAGCUAAUGAGCUCAAGAAACCUGCUGUUUGGCGGAUAUUGGGUGAAGAAGCCCUUGAUCAAGGUAACCAUGAAAUUGCCGAGCUUGCUUACCAAAAGCAAAGUCAAUUUGACAAACUUUCAUUCCUUUAUCUCACAACUGGUAACUAUACCAAGCUUGAGAAAAUGGGUGCUAUUGCUAGCCACCGUGGUGAUGUUAAUGCCCAAUUCACCAACGAUAUUUAUCUUGGUAAUGUCAUCAGCCGCAUUGAAAUUUUGAAAGCUGCUGGUCAUGAUGCUCUUGCUUAUUCUCUGGCUAAAAGCAAUGGUUUAACUGAUGUUGCCCAACAGAUUCUGGAAGAAUCGGGUGUUGAAGAGAGCAAUAUCAAUAUUUCUGUCUCUGACAGAACAUCGCUACCUCAAGCUCCUCAAGUGAUUAACCCACUUUCCGGCUUUAACUGGCCUUUAAAGAACACAUCUUUGUCGUUCUUUGAGCAGGCUAUUUUGGGCCAAGUCGACAACCUCUCUCUCGAAGAACCUGAUACACAAGACAAUAUCGAUGUUAUUCCUGAUGUCGAUGCUUAUGACGCCUAUGAGGAUGAAGAAAUUCAAGAUGAUGCCUGGGGUCUUGAAGAAGAUGAGAUUGCUGUCGAGGAGCACUCGCAAGAUACUUCUGCUCAUUCUGGUGUUUCUGAGGUAGAACUGUGGACUCAAAACUCACCUCUUGCGGCUGAUCAUAUUGCGGCUGGCUCUUUUGAGUCUGCUGUCCAAAUUCUCAAUAGACAGUUGGGUAUCACAGACAUUGCACCUCUUAAGUCCAGAUUUUUGGAGAUUUACCAAGCUUCUAAGGUGUAUCUACCUGCCACAGAGACUUUACCUUCCCUCCCCUUUUUUGUGAGACGAAAUCCUACAGAGACUAACCCUCUUAAGUCUUUGCCAAUUAUUCCUGGCUAUGAUCAACUCAAGCCAACUCUGCAAGAGGCAUUUAAGGCAGUUAUGCAAAACAAGCCGGAACUGGCAAUUUCCUUGUUCAGAAAAAUUCUUUAUAUUAUUGCCACACUUGCUGUUACCACUCAGAGUGAAGUCGAUGAAUGCGAAAAGCUCAUUAAAAUUAGCAAAGAGUACAUUCUGGCAUUUUCUAUUGAAUUGGAGAGAAGAUCCCUUCCUGCCACUGAGAUUAAGAGACGUCUUGAGCUUGCUGUCUACUUCACUAAGCCUACUCUUGAGCCUCAGCAUGCCUUCAUUCCUUUGCGUGUCGCUAUGGUUGAAUCAUUUAACCACAAGAAUUUUGGUUCUGCUUCGGCUUUUGCUGCUAAACUGUUGAAGAUUAUUGGAAACAACAAUAAGAUUUCCGAAAGAGCUCGCACCAUUAAGGAGAAGGCUGAUAAGUCUCCACGCGACAAUGUCGAUAUUGAUUAUGAUCACUUUGCCGAUUUCGACAUCUGCCCUGCCACAUUUACUCCUGUAUAUAGCGGUACUGCUUCAGUUAAAGAUCCUUACACUGGUGCCGUUUACCAUGAGAGUGCAAAGGGAACGAUUUGUAAGAUUUCAGGUAUCACCACGGUUGGUGCAUCUGCUACUGGUCUUAGAUUGAAGAUCUAA